GACCGCAGUUGGACUUCCUGCUUUUUUAUACUUUCUCAUUUUCAUCCGCCGGGUUUUCCCUCUCCAAAGCGCAGAUUCACUCAGGAAAAACCAGCAGCUUCAAUUUGUGCACGAUGUCAGGGAUGUCCACCAGGGUUGCCGUGGUAACUGGGAGUAACAAAGGCAUCGGCCUGGCCAUCGUCGAAGCGCUCUGCAAGCAGUUUCAAGGUGACGUUUACCUCACAGCCAGAGACGUCGACCGAGGUCAGGCAGCAGUGGCAUCUCUGGCCUCAGAGGGACUGAAGUCCUUCUUUCACCAGCUGGACAUCAAUGAUCUGAACAGCAUCACCGCGGCAGCUGCUUUCUUCAAGGAGAAGUAUGGAGGAGUGGACGUCCUCAUCAACAACGCCGGGAUGGCAUUCAAAGAUGAGGACACAACUCCAUUUGUGGUCCAGGCAGAGGUGACCCUCAGGACAAACUUCUUCGCUGCCAGAGACAUGUUGACUCACUUCCUGCCGAUCAUCCGACGUGGAGGUCGUGUGGUUAACAUGUCGAGCUUCCUCAGCUCCAUUACGCUGAGCAAGUGCAGCCCGGAGCUCCAGCAGCGUUUCCGCAGCGAGGACAUCACAGAGGACGAGCUGACGGGACUGAUGCAGCGGUUCGUGGACGAGGCCAAGAGAGGAGAGCACAAACAGGGCGGCUGGCCGGACACGGCGUACGGAGUGUCCAAAACCGGACUGACGGUGUUGUCCAUGAUCCUGGCCCGGCAUCUGUCCAAGGAGAGACCCAAUGAUGGGAUCCUGCUGAACGCCUGCUGUCCAGGAUGGGUGCGCACCGACAUGGCGGGGUCCAAAGCCCCCAAGUCCCCUGACGAGGGUGCCGUCACCCCGGUGUUCUUGGCCCUGCUGCCGCCCGGAGCCACAGGGCCUCAUGGGAAGUUCCUCUCCGACAAGGAGGUUCAGCCGUGGUGAAGAGAGCGCAGGGAGCCGGCCCAGCCCCUGACCCGGCCCCCGGCUCCUCCGGCCUGCACGUCCAAAAACCAUAUGGAUCUGUUUAAUCAAUAUAUUGUUAUAUCACUCGUGCAUUUCCGAUCAAUAAAAGCUGCACUGAAAGUGAAAGGGAGUCUGCUUUUGAUUCGACCUUUACUGAAACAGCUGCUUGAAUGAAGCCGUGUCUUGUGCUCAUCUCUGUCAGAACGUAUUGAUCGUUUCUUCUUCAAAGAUCAUACAUUGUUUAUAUGUCCAUCUGGCGUCACCCCUUCAUAACCGUAACCAGGCCUGUAUUCUGAUUGUAUUUCUUUAUUUUUUGUUUAAACAAGCUUCUUUAACCUGUCAAAGGGUUAUGUGUACAGGCUUUUUUUAACUGGACCCAAAUCGCUGGGUCUGGGAGUCUGGGAAGGGAAGGAGACACGAGGCUGUUAUCAAUGUGCCACCUUCAGAGAAGACCAACUGAUUUACUGACAAAAUGCACUACUUUUCCCCUUCGAUGGCCUAUUGAUGGUGGUCAUAAUAAACGUCUUGCAAAAUUAUACAGUCAAAAUAUUACUGUUUCUUUACUAGUCUUAAAUAAUAUCCCUUUUCUUACUUAUUUUUCUUUGGUUUGUUUCAUUUUCCCAAAAACUAAAAACAAAAUGUGUAUAACAAAUAAGGGAUGGAUGGAUGGAUGGAUGGCUGGAUAAUGGAUGGAUGGAUGGACGGAUGGACGGACGGGUGGACGGAUGGAUUAAAUGUGUGGGUGUUGUACCUCCAAAUGUGAAUGUGUAUUUGUGUAAAUAUUGUACAUAAGUAUGUUAUAGUAAUUUGAAAACAAUGUGUCAUGAUGGAACACUAACAGGAAGUGAAAUGAUAAAUUUAGCUUCUUCUUAUUGUUUCUUGGAAUUAUCACGAUUAUUAAUAUUUGGUGGAAAGUUAACUUUGUCCUUCAAACGUCUCGCAGCACAAAUAUGUUUUCAUUUUUUUUCAAAAUUGUUCAAUAAUCAUGUCAAACUAACAUGAAAAACAUUGUUCGGUGAUUUCCAGUUGUAGCGUUAAGUGAAAUGAAUAAAUGCAU